CCUACAUCUGGGGGAGAAAAAAAAAACAUCACCAUGGGUCUCGAGAAUAUUGCGCAAGGCCAAGCCGUGACCGUCAGCCUGAAGGAGCUGAUCGAUGGAACCAUCAGCUUCAACACCCUCACCGAAGCGUUCGGCCCCGAAUCUUUAGGGAUUAUCAUCGUCAAAGAUCUCCCCGCCAACUUCGCCUCUCUGCGCGCCCAAGUCCUCUCCAAUGCAUCCUACCUCGCCGCUCUCCCUGAGGAAGAACUAGAAUCCCUAACCUCCCCAUCCGCAAAAUACCUCGUCGGCUGGUCCCACGGCAAAGAAACCCUCCGCCCCGGCGUCUACGAUACCUACAAGGGCAGCUACUACCUCAACUGCGCCUUCUACCACUCCGCCACCCUCGAAGGCGCCCCCGCCGACAACCACCCCGACCUAAGCGAGUACACCGCGCCGAACAUCUGGCCCGCCGCGACCUCCCUGCCGACGUUUGAGUCCAGCGUGCGCGAGCUGUGCACGCUGAUCAUCGACACGGCGGCGCUAGUGGCGCGAGCGUGUGAUCGGUUCGCGGGGGAGAAUAUCGAGGGGUAUGAGGCGGGGUACUUGGAGAGGGUCGUGAGGGGCAGUUUGACGAGUAAGGCGCGGCUGUUGCAUUAUUUCCCUGUCGACAAUCAGCAGCAGCAGCAGGCGGCCGAUGCGGCAGAGGGGGAGGAUGCUGCUGCUGGGGAGGAUGAUGAUGAUUGGUGCGCGACGCAUCUCGAUCAUAGCUGUCUAACCGGGUUGACGUCGGCGAUGUUUGUGGAUGAAGCUGGACAAGACCUGACUCACCCCCGAGAAGAGGGGUUGGUGGAACUGCAGGCCUCGCCGGACCCCACCGCCGGCCUGUAUAUCAAGUCGCGGACCGGGCAGAUCGUCAAGGUCAAUAUCCCGCGCGAUUGUCUGGCCUUCCAGACGGGCGAGGCGCUACAACUGAUUACGCGGGGCCAGUUCCGCGCGGUGCCGCAUUUUGUGAAGGGGGCGCGGAAGGGACUGGAGGGGCGUAGGAUUGCGCGCAAUACGUUGGCGGUGUUUACGCAGCCGAAUUUGGAUGAGGAGGUGCAGCCGGGGGUGACUUUCGCGGAUUUUGCUCGCGGGGUGGUUGCAAAGACUUAUUAGUUUUAUGCUUAGCGAUACGGAGAGUGUCAUUGAUCAUUAUCGACCCUGCAUCGUGCG